AUGACAUCAUUCUCGUCCAAAUCACACUCAGCAGCAUCAAUGGAUCAUUCAAAUUCGAAUCAUAUUAAACGUCCGAUGAAUGCAUUCAUGGUAUGGAGUAGAGGACAGCGACGAAAAAUGGCAACAGAAAAUCCAAAGAUGCAUAAUUCUGAGAUAUCUAAAAGAUUAGGUGCAGAAUGGAAAUUGCUAACAGAAAUGCAAAAGCGACCGUUCAUUGACGAAGCAAAACGGCUACGGUCAUUACAUAUGCAGCAGCAUCCAGAUUAUAAAUAUCGUCCAAGAAGAAAGCCUAAAGCACUCGUAAAAUCUCCUUCUUCAAAUGGACAUUCAAAUGGCACACACAAUGGAAGUGCUUCAAGUAAUAAUGCAUCACAUCAUCAUCACUCAAGUAACAACAACAAUAAUAAUGAUUCAAGAAGCUCCAAUAAUAAUCUACACCAUAAUUCAAAUCAUCAUCAUCAUUCACUGAAAUCGACAUCUCCAAUUAUGAACAAUCAUUUCCACCCACACCAUCAUCAUCAUCAUCAUCAGUCCACAAAAUAUCCCUUCGUUCCCACGAUAGAACUGCCAAUUUCAUUUCCUACAUCACAGCAAUCCCAACAACAAGUAUUUCCAUCGAGCAUUCAUUAUCCCUUAGUUGAUCCAACACUCGCAUUAGAUUUGCAAGCUCGUCUUCAUGCCAUGUACAUGAAUGCUUAUUAUCCUUGGAGACUACCAUUAAUUUCUUCAUCAUCUCCGUCGUCACCAUCUCAAUCAAAUAAUGGAAAUCAUUAUGCAUCAUCCCCGAAAAUUUCACCAACAACAACAACUAAUUCGCCUCCAUUAUGUGAACCUGACACACAAACAACAAUCAUAUGA